UACCUGUUGAGCUCACCUGAGGGCUCGAGGUGACAGUUCUUUCUGUGACGGGAGGAGGAGCCUGUGGGUCAAAAAGAAACUUCCACCCACGCAGCCUGCAGCAUUCCUCUCCAAACGAAUGUUUCACUUCGACUUUUUCUUCGCGUUUUUCUCUUUCAUAUGAAUAACCUGCAGGUUACUGACGGCUUGGGUGUAACCCAAAAGCACACUUUCUGUUUGAUUCUAGUCCUGUCACAAUCCUAAACCUUUAGUUUCUGAGUGUUAUUUUAUAGAAUGGGGUGUUUCAAUGUAAAUAAUUUAAGAUUACAUUAAAAUUCAUAUUUUUGUUGAUUAAAAUGAUCUUUGAACGACUUAAGUCAUGUUACUGAGAAACGAUUCUUCGGUUUUACAAGCAGAGUACGGAAACCGAAAGUAUCAAGUGCGUCCAAAAAAAAAAACCUUUCGCUUUCGCUUAAAGAGCGCACUUUUUAUCCGUGACUUCUGCAUUCUAGUUUGCAGUGAGACCAGUCUGCCCUAAACUUAUCGAUCUGAUCAUCCAGGCUUCGUCUUUUCGUUUGAUUGCGGUAGGAGUGUCGUGAUCGGGGAUAUCGUUUGAGUUUUUAUGUUACUUUUUUAUUUUGGAGCUGGUUGUGUACAUGUGACAUGUGAGAGUGGUUUACCGUGGAGCAUGUGCUGAAGAUGGAUGAAGGGACAAAGCUGCACCUGAAAGAGUGGCUGAUCGCGCAGAUAGAGAGCGGCAGGUAUGAGGGCCUGUGCUGGGAGGACGAGGACAAAACCAUGUUCAGGAUCCCGUGGAAACACGCAGCCAAGAAGGACUACAAGCAGACGGAGGAUGCGGCUCUGUUCAAGGCCUGGGCCGUGUACAAAGGCAAAUACAAGGAGGGCAGAGACAAAGCGGAUCCCACCAUGUGGAAGACCCGCCUCCGCUGCGCUCUGAACAAGAGCACAGAUUUCCAAGAGGUCCCUGAACGCAGCCAGCUGGACAUAUCCGAGCCCUAUAAGGUCUAUCGCAUCCAGAACCAUAAUUUCCAAGUCAGUCAAGCAGUGAUUCCUGUGAUAGAACAUCAGGUUAUCCGCAAGGUAAAGCAAUUUCCCAGGAGCCCCAGUUGUCCAGGCAAACAGGUUCUCUGUCAAAAGGAAGUGUUUCAGACAAAAAGAGAAGAAAAACCGCCUGCUGACCUGAUGAUGGAGCACAUGUACUGUGGCUUAUCAGGGACAAAAAAACCCAAAGAAGCCCUCGCUCCUUUAGCCUUCCCCACGCCGCCUCUCAAAAUAUCCGACUUCCGCAUGCAAGUGGUUCUGUUGUACCAGGGCAAGACAGUUUUGAAUGCGACCACCAGGAGCACCGAUGGGUGUUUUAUUCUACAAGGACGCGUUCCUUUGGGAAAUGAGAGCAUCUAUGGACCCUGUGCUGCCCAGCAGCUCUCCUUCCCAUCUCCAAGCUCCGUAUCCCUGCCCGCCUGCAUGGCAGACGCAAUGAAUCGCCUUCUUUGUCACUUGGAAAGAGGUGUGCUUUUAUGGAUGGCCUCAGACGGGGUAUUUAUCAAACGUUUCUGCCAGGGUAGGGUGUACUGGAGCGGCCCAAUGGCCCAGCACAAUGACCGUCCGAACAAGCUGGAACGAGAGAAGACUUUCAAACUGCUCGAUAUACCCAUUUUUCUGCAUGGGCUCCAGAGCUAUUUACAGGGGAAGGGCCCCCCACCUCCUUAUAAGAUUGAGCUCUGCUUCGGAGAGGAAUAUCCUGACCCCGGUGUGCCCAAAAACAAAAAGCUGAUCAUGGCUCAGGUGGUUCCCUUGUUUGCAGUGGAGCUGUUGGAGAGGUUCAACUUGGGGGAGACGGAGGAGAAGCACCCCUGCAUCUUAAAAACAGAAGAGGAGAAAAUGGAAGAACCCUGAUGUGUCUUGGAGUGGGGCUGAGUUCCAUUAGAUGAAUGUGAUAAAAGUGUAUAUUGGGCCUCACAGGUUAAUCAAACUAAUGGAUUUUAUUUAAUAUUUUUAUAUAUUGUACUGAUGGGUUGUAUGUGAUGUAUGAACAUUUGGACAUCUCCUUAUAUCAUAUUAAUAAUAUGCUUUUAAUGUGAACUUCUUUGUUUCUCCCUUUGUGUGACAUUUCUCUCAUAUCAGCUUAUAUGACACGAUACAGAUAAUAAAUUCACACUCAUAAUUAAAUCUAUAAAGCUUGUUUGUUCUUUUAUUUUUCUAGCAGACAUCAUGUAACAGAUUCACAAUUUUUUUUAAAAAUAUACAUUUUUGUAGCUGUAACAUUUAAAAAGAAAGACAACAGGUAUCUUAUUUUCCUUCAAGUUUAAAAAAAAAUACACAAACUAAAGUGAGAAAGAGUGCUGAAUCAGAUGAUAUACCCGUAUCUGAAUUUAAAAUACUUUCAUUAUUUUCCCUGCCUUCAAACAAUUACAGUACAUAAAAAAAUGAGAUGGGAACAGAAGCAUACAGUACAAAGGGGUCAAGAGAAUUCACAAAGCAUCAUGUUCCAACGUGUUAUUAGCACCAUUACUCUUCAGCCACACAGCACGCUUUACUCUUUCCAUCAUUCAGUUUUUAAUGGAAAAAAAAAAAAACAUAAAAAA